AUGGCCGUCACUGAUUCGCAAAGAGCUGAAGAGAGACUUCAUUUGGCAGAAUAUAAAGUGAUUCCAUUAGAGAGUGAAUGUUUGAAAUAUAAAGCUGAAAGGGAACAGUUGUGCCAAAGAAUAGUUAGUUUGGAGAGUGAACUGGAAAGCGCCGCAGAGGCCAGUCUUGAAGCCAAUCGCCUAUUGAAUGACUUCUUAAUUUCUCAGAAGGAAAACAAUUUGGAACUAAGAGAAAGAACUGAGAAAAUGAAUACAGAGUUGAAGCGAAUUCGGAAUAUUCUCAAAGAAACGGAGACUAACUUACAGACGGUUCAGAAAAACAAUGAAGAGUUAAAGUCAUCGAAAAGUGAACUCAAUUCUAGUUUAAGUCUUUUAGAACAAGAAUAUUCUAGUCUUCAAUUGAAAACAAAUGAAUUUAUUAAGAAUAACGACGAGCUCUUGAAUAACACACAAAAGUUAAGUCAAGAGAUGGAAUCGUUGAGAGAACAGACAUUUCAUAAAGACAUGGAAAUCGAGUCUUUGAAAGAUGUUUUGUCGCACUUAAAAGAGACGAAUGUCUUCAGCGAAGACCAAAUUGAUCACAAGACAGGUGACAACUCUACUAAUAAUUUCUAUGAUAUCGUAAAAUUGGAUUUAAAACUUAAGACCAUUACUAAUGAUAAAAACGAGUUGAAUGCAAAACUUGAAGAUAUGAGCAAAAAGUGUGAACAACUGAACGAUAAAUUGGUUUCUUUGGAAACGGAAAGCAAAACACUUAAGACUGAGUGCGAAGACGCCGUCCGCCACAGACUUAUGGCUCAAACAGAAUUAGAACUUCUCCUUUUGCGUUCGCUUAGAAGCCAAUUGCAGUCAAUGAAGAGAGAGAUCACCGAAACUGAAAGCAAAUACAAGAAGCAAAUCACUUUAUUGGAGAAACAGGUGCACGAGAAUUGGAUCCUCGCCCGCACUGCCGAGCGAUCACUCGAUGAGUCCAAAGCAGAGGCCACUGCUCUCAGACAGACACUCACACUAUCCGUCAAAUCUGUGGACGGCUUUGGGGGCGACUCUUCGUAUUUAGACGAUUCUGCGAGUUCUAUAUCCGACAACUUUGGACCUAUUCUACCACCACUUCCACCCCCGCCUCCUAUGAUGAACCCAAUGAUGCCUCCGAUGCACAUGUCUUUCAAUGAAGGGCCCGAUUCGAUGUCCUUUUGGAACAACAACCCAAUGGUGCCUCCAAUGAACAAUCAAUUCCAACAAAUGGGUCCAAAUUACACAUUCAUUCAAAGCAAUGGCAGCGUUGCUAACAACCCGAAUUAUGAAUCAAUGGCUGUUAGCUCCCAACCCAUGAAUUACGGACCACCUGUUCAACAGAACUGGGAUUCCGUUUCAAACCGGGACUCAUUCUCUCCAAUAUCUCAUCGGUCCACUAAUUCGCCGCAUUUGAACCAAUCAUAUAUUAAUAAUAAUCUGUAUUCGCAACCAAAUAGUCAGUACUCGAACCCAUUGCCGCAAAUGAAUCCAAUGUCGAUGUCGAGUCCAAUACACAAUUCAAUGGCCAAUCACAUGCACCCAUCCGUGCAAUCCGUUAAUAUGAUGUCAGAGGUGUCCCAUUGGGUGCAACCGAACGGCAAUACAUCCAAUACAUCCAACUUAAACUAUAGUCACAAUGAAUACGACUCCGAACAGUCCUCACGAUCUGCCUCUCGGAACGACACGUCUCUCCACACGUCUAUCGUCUGA